CCCGGUGCCGCCGGUGCGGGCCGGGGGUGGAGGAGGCGGAGGGAGGUCUCGGUUCUGGUCCUGCUCACCGUCCCGGUCCCGAUCCCCAUCCCAGCGGGCCAUGGUGGUGCUGCGGGGCGGCGCGGGCCCCGAGGAGCCGUUCCCGAGGAUCGAGGACUGCCUGCCCCUGCUGGAGGAGUCCCCGUCCAAGCGGUUCUCCCCGUCCAAGAGGAAGCAGUAUUACAUCAACAAGGCCAUCCGCAACUCCGACCUCAUCCCGAGGGCCAAGGGCCGCAAGAGCCUCCAGAGGCUGGAGAACACUCGCUACCUGAUGACUCUUCUGGAGCAAGAUGACUGCGGGAGCGACGAGGGAGAGCUCACCCACUCGGCCACCCCCAGCAUCUUCACGGAGGCCUGUAACAACGAGACCUAUGUGGAGAUCUGGAACGAUUUCAUGAACCGGUCAGGAGAAGAGCAGGAGCGGGUCCUGCUCUACCUGGAGGAGGAGGCCAGGAAGAAGCACAGGAGGAAGCUGCCUGUCAAGAACGAAGACAAGUGGAAAGAUCUCCCGGCCUACACACCCCAGGAGUGCUUCCAGCGCAUCAGCCGCCGCCUGCGCGCCACCCUGAAGCGGGGCCGGAUCCCCAUGGGGACGCUGGAGGGGCUGGAGGAGGAGCUGCUGGCCUUCUUCUCUGUCACCCCCCACUCCGUCUACACGGCACUGAUGGACAACAGCUUUGAGCGGCUCCUGCUCCACGCACUCUGCCAGUACAUGGAUCUCGUCUCUGCCAGUUCGGACAUCGAAGGGAAACGUCAGAUGAAAGUGAGCAACAAACACCGCGUGUUCCUGCCCCCCGAGCUGCUGCUCUCAGACUACCUGGGACAGAUGAGCUGAUGCCCCCGACAGCUGCCCAGCCCCUCCUGUGUGUGCUGCAGCCUCUCCCGGCCCUGCAGCCCUCGGACCCUCGGCCCUUCCCCUGCUCCAGCAGCCGGGGCAGAGCCGAAGGCUUUGUGUCUGCGCCCUUGGGUGCGCUGGGACCGGCGGGGGCAGCUCGGCCCUGCCCGACAUCUCUGCGGAGCAGGUGCCUCCCUCCCGCCCCGCUCCCCGCGCAGCCCUCCUGGAACUCUUUGUGCGUCUAUUUAUAACCCAGGUGUUUUUAAAAAUAAUCAGGCAGGGCCAUCCCCACCUCUCCCCCCCCCCCCCGCCCCCUCCUCUGGCGCUGACGCUCGUGGGGUGAUUUCGGCCCAGAUUUUUCUGUGGUGAAACAGCUCCUGGCGGCUGCUGAGCAAUCGCUGAGCCGGCGGAAGAGCCUGGGGGCUGCCGCGUUCCGGCACCCGCAGCCCCGUGCCCGCUGAGCGCCCAGCGGGGCUCGGUCCCCUCGGGCAGGGCCGGCUUGUGGGGAGCUCCGGGUAUUUUUUUUUUUUUUUCUUGCCCCACACCCUGUGUGUGUGCCCUGCCCGCACGACGGGGCUGUUUUUAAGUGUAAUAUAGCUGGUGUUUUUUAUCACGUGUGUGUAUAUUUACGUGUGUGUGAUGUGCGUGUGCGUGUGUGCUGGAGGGGUGCAGCCGCCUUCGGGGCGCUCUCUGCUUGUCCCCAGCCGCCGUGGGGGGCGGAUGGGGUAUUUUGGGGGGUGUCCCCUCUGUGUGUCCCUGUGUCCCUUGGGGGGUUUUGCUGGUUGCUCUGUCCCAUGACGACACCCACUGCCAUUAACCGUGGGGACCCCCAGACCCAGGGGUGCCCCUCGCGCCUCCUUUGCUGGUGUGACUCGGGUACGGGCGCGUUCAGGAUCAAUAAAAGACGGUGCUCCCCUG